AUGGCAUUACCAAGGCUUCGCGUAAAUGCAAGCAAUGAGGAGAAGAUGGUUCACCCGAACCAUAUGAUUUAUCAGAAGAUGGAACAUUUAGUACAAACAAUGUUGGAUCCGGAAAAUGGUGUACCAAUUAAAACUGUCAAGAGCUUUCUUUCAAAGAUUCCGUCAGUGUUUACUGGUCAAGACCUUAUUGCAUGGAUUAUGAAAAAUAUGAGUAUGACCGAUCUCGCCGAUGCGCUUCAUUUGGCUCAUUUAAUUGCAUCUCAUGGUUAUUUAUUCCAAAUCGAUGAUCAUGUAUUGACUGUUAAAAAUGACGGCACCUUCUAUCGCUUUCAAACGCCCUAUUUCUGGCCAUCGAAUUGCUGGGAGCCCGAGAAUACUGAUUACGCUGUUUAUCUGUGCAAGCGUACAAUGCAAAAUAAGGCGCAUUUGGAGCUGGAAGAUUUUGAAGCGGAAAAUUUAGCGAAAUUGCAAAAAAUGUUCAGCCGAAAAUGGGAAUUUGUAUUUAUGCAGGCAGAAGCUCAGUACAAGGUAGACAAAAAACGCGAUCGUCAGGAGCGACAGAUUCUUGACAGUCAGGAGCGCGCUUUUUGGGAUGUUCAUAGGCCAGUCCCUGGUUGCGUCAACACCACAGAAGUGGAUUUUAGGAAAUUAUCAAGAUCAGGUAACAUUAAUCUCUUGUUUAGCGAAUUGCCGAAUUAUUUAGGUGUCAGCAAUUUCGAGAAGGCGCAUUUUAAAGCUCAAAUUGAAAUGUUUCAGUCUCAUAUAGGCAAAAAUACCCUUGUAAAUUUUCAGCUCCCUAGUAUGUCUGAUUAG